CUCUCUAUAUAAACUCUCCUUCUCAGUUCUCUCUCUCUUGCUUCCUUCCUUUUACUUCACUUAUCAAAAAAUUCCCCUCUCUUUUUCUCUCUCUUCCUCUCAGCCAUGGUCGACCUUCAAACCGUUUGCUGCAUGUGCGGUGACGUUGGUUUCCCCGACAAGCUUUUCCGCUGCAACAAAUGCCGCCACCGUUUCCAACACUCGUAUUGUAGUAACUACUACGGGGAAUUAGCAGAGAUAGAGCUAUGCGAUUGGUGCCAAAGCGAGGGGAGAAAUUACUCGAGGCAUAGCUCCAAUUCGAAGAAAUUACCAGUGGCCGGAAAUGACGCCGGAACGACGACCCGUUCUGAGUAUUCCGGCGAGAAAAUCAAGCACCAUGAUCGUCAUGAAGAGAUGAGUGGUUCUUCGGAGAAGGGAAAGAGCCCUGUGCCUUCGCCGAGAAUCUCCACGCGCAGGUAUAAGCUUCUCAAGGAUGUAAUGUGUUAAACCAGGAAAAAGAAACAACAACAACGCAUCGAUCCUUAAACAAUAAGAGAAAACGAGUAUAUAUAAUAUUAGUGUUAAUUAGGCGUGUCAAAAGGGUUAAUUUUGUACGUUUAUAUAUAAAUAGUAGUAGCUUUGUAAAGACUUUGUUUAUGCGUGUUGUACUUGUUUUGUUAAUUUUGAGUGUCCCUUUUCAUCAAGUUGUGAAUAGAAGAACUGUUAAACUUCAAGUUCAUUGUA